UGUAUAAUUGGCUGACCCAAAAAAUAACUUUCGCUCAAAUUUUAGACCCAAAAAAGUAGCCUGAGCACCCCUAUCCUGAAUAUAUAUGAGUACCCCCUCCCCUAGGGUCGAAGUCAGGUCGUACUGUCCAUUUCUUGCCUCCAAAACCCUUUUCACAUAAGUAUAAAAACAAGAAAUACACCAAUACUAAACAAGACAAGCAACAAAGAUGUUAUUUCCCAACCAUUGAAAAAGUGAAAAAAAGACGUCCGAAUAUCAACAACACCAAAAACAACAACAAAAUAAAAAAUAGGAAACACUACAAUGCGACGAGAAUGCACAACAAUAAAUACACGUAAAAUAGUAUAGGCUAAUAUUUCGCCCCGGCAUACGGGGCUUCGUCAGAGCUAAAGUCAACAACAAAACAACAGCAUAGACAACAACAACAACAUCCAUAUCAUGCUUCAACAUGGCAGCCAAGAGACCUGCAAGUGAUUCCGAAAGUUUAGUCGAAAACCUCGAAGAAACUCUUGAGCCAAGUAUCCUCUGCGAACGAAAAAGGCCUAGGCGAUUGGUUGAAAAUUGGGGCAUCUCUGGUAGGAAAAUGGGCACUGGUAUGGAGGACUCGAGAGACCCCCUCUAUUUUCACAGGCCUAUUUUUAACCAGUUGUGGGAGAAUUCAUAUUUGGGUGUAGGAGACGAUGGAGCAAAGACUAUAAAUAUUUAUCAGAUUCCAAGGCAACAUCUAUUCUACCUCAGUCUACUAUUGCAUGAGGCAUUCUUGAAUGGGCAUUACAUACAAGCAGCAUACCUGUUAGUUGCAAUUUCUCAGAACCCAAGAUAUCUCCCAGAGCAGAUAUGGCGUUGUGGUAUGGAGGUUCUGAAGAAAUGCAACAUGGCAAUGAUUGGAACAUUAAGAAAAUUCCAAAAGCUCAUGUCUAAUUUAUGUCCUCAGUACUCAAACCAGAUUGUGCUGGAUAUGGCAUUUGAAAUUUUAAGAAAAGGAAAUGAUGUAAAGGAAGCAUAUCAAUUUUUACUAAACAAUGUUAAUAACAGAAGGGUGAAAUAUGAUCCACUGUUUGGUGCCUAUAUUGGAAUGUUUGAAUUUGUGCUUUGGAGAGCCGACAUUGAAAGACAAAGUUACAAAAAUGAAGCCAGUGAGGAAAUACCAAGUGGAAAGACUGUUAAUGAGAUAACACAUUUUAAUGCAAAACGAGCAUUAGAAAGCAUGGAGUCUGUACUUAAUGAAAGUGGAAUCUGGGAUGUGUUUGUCCUAAAGAUGCUGGAAAUAUAUGAUUAUUAUAAUCAAAGAGAGAAGGCAGUUUUGCUACUUCAGAAUUAUCGUGAGAAAAAUUAUGAUAAUCCCAAUACACACAGAUAUUUAUAUUGGUAUUUAAAAAGAAUUGGUAGAAGUGAAGAAGAAAGAUUUCCAGUCCUUAAGGAUUUAGUGGAACAUGAUGCCACUGAUGAGCUUGCAAUUGAAUUUAUUGAAAUUAUCAGUGAAAGAGAUCAAAUUUUGCAGAUAUUGGAUCUUCUAUUCAAGCGACUUGAUCACCCGGUCUGCAAGAACAGUUUAUUCGACUGGACAACGCUUUAUAACAUUUUCAAGACUUAUAAAAAAAAUCAAGCGACUAGAGAGUGGAAGAAAAUACAAACUUGUUUGACGGUGCGAGAAGAAUGGUGGCCGAAAUAUCAUUUUGGCACAUCGGAGAAAAAAUGUGAAUCUGAGACAGGGAAGAUGUUGGAAAGAUAUAAAUGGAAAAUUGGAAGGUUUUAUAAAGCCCACAGUCAUUCUGUAAAGCUGGUUUAAU